AGAAUUUUGAGCGCGCAUUUUUACAGGAUGGGUAUUAAUGAAUUAUUCUUGGCUGAAGAUCAAAGCAAGUCCAAACACCCCGAAUAGGAAACACUUGCGACUUGAAGCGCCCUCUUCUUACUAACAACCAAGGUGAUACUUAACUUGCUGAGACUUUGCGAGCAUGCAUAGUCUUGGUUGAUACUGAUGAGGAGUAGACUCCCUUUCAAUAAGCUUCGCCCUGUGCUCAGAUGAUGAAGCUAAAGGGCCAAGAUCGUGGAAGCGUCGAAAACAGCCGAGGUUAGUAUAGACACAAACCACCUAAGCAAGAUGCUUUAACAGUAUAAGAAGGGAGCAGAUUCUCCAUGAAGAAGUUGUGUGUUCUGCAUCGUCACCUUACAUCUCACAUCGCCAGCUUGCGACUAUCCUUCGAAAGAGCCAGUCUUGUCCAGCAGCCUCAGCUCAGGCCUGUUCCACUUCAGCCCUCCCCAAAACGACAACUCUCAAAAUGCAUUUCUCUUCUGCUCUUUGCCUUGCUUCUCUGGUCCUCGCUACCCCUAUCGCCAUUCCAGAAGGGGAAGUUGCGGCUGGAACGCCACUUGUUGAGCGCCAACUGACUGGUGCUACGGAGAACGACCUAGUUCGUGGUCGUUGUGGUGAUGUCAUCUUCAUUUUCGCUCGUGGCUCGACUGAAAUUGGCAAUAUGGGAACAGUCGUCGGGCCAGGCGUGGCCACCCAGCUGAAGAGACGUGUCGGGUCCCAGCGCGUGGCUGUUCAAGGUGUUGACUACGCUGCGCUCGUCUCAACCAACUUUCUCCCUGGAGGAACAGAUGCGAUCAGCGAGGCGGAGAUGAAACGCCUGUUCAACUUAGCGGACACCAGGUGUCCCGACUCGCAGAUCGUUGUGGGUGGUUAUUCUCAAGGUGGCGCGGUCGUUCACCGGGCCAUGGAAGACCUUUCUCAAAACGUGAGAAACAAGGUCCAGGCCGUUGUUCUCUUCGGUGAUACUCAGAAGCGAAUCGAUCGCGAUCAGGUGCCGGGUUUUCCGACGGAGAAAACAAAGUUCUUCUGUGCUGGUGGCCUGGACCAGGUCUGUAAUGGUGUGCUGAAUGCUGCAGUUCUUGCACCUCAUCUCUCCUACGGCAGUGUUGCUGUCGAGGCAGGCAAUUUUCUCGCAGACCGUGUCGUUUAAGCUACUCUAUGUAAGGAGAAGAGUUGACUAUCCUUACAGCUGUGCUCUAGGCAGGACUGUCAGGCGGGAUUGGGCAAGUGUAAAUGAAUAGCUCAAUAUGUCAUCAAUAUUCGUCAUGGCUUUUUAAAGUGUCUUAAGAAGGCAAGCUAGUUACUUGUUGGCGACUGUUAAACUAAUUUCCGAGAUGUAGUGAAAUUUCUCGAAGUAGGUUAGGAGUCUAGCGCUUUGCAAUUUAGUAUUAGAAUCAUAAUAGUAGCUGAGCAUGCACUUCGACUAUGGCUACGGGCGUAAUACAGUCUAAUAGUAACCUUCGAGAGAUACAGACUUUGC